UUUUUUUAAAUGUAAUAUAAAAAUCAUAAAAUGGCAAUGGGUAUCAACUCAAAUAUUCAACACUCACCAGAUGAAACUGAUCAGAAGAAAAAAACGAAAUCAUUUGAAAAGCUACAGUCCAACAUCCUGAGCAGUAAAACAAGUACCUACCUGGUUAAGGACUUAAUUGGCGAAGGAAGCUUUGGAAAAGUUGCCCAUUGUGUAAACUUAGGAACAUUGCAGAGCGUAGCCCUCAAAGUCCUUAAAACCAAGUCAAAUGUGAUAUCCAAAAUGGAGAUCAAAAUACUUGAGAUUGUCAGUGUUCUGGACCCGGUAAAGAAGAGCAUUGUGAAGUUUAUUGAAAACUUUGAGCAUGAAGGGUAUACGUGUUUGGCUUUUGAAAUGCUAGACAUGAGCCUUUUCGAUUUUGUUGUCAAGAAACGGAAGAAGCCAUUGUCUGUCAGUGAGAUACGGCCGAUUGCGCAUCAGUUGCUUACAGCCUUUGAGGCCCUGAAAGGUAUCCGAAUCAUUCACGCUGACCUGAAGCCUGAUAACAUCAUGCUGGUGAACCAUUCAUGUGAGCCCUUCAGGGUUAAAUUAAUAGAUUUUGGCUGCUCCCUCCAGACCUCUGCAGUGACCCUUGGAAUGACCAUACAGCCUAUGGGGUACCGAGCACCUGAGGUUACCCUUGGCCUCCCAAUCUCUGAGCAAGUGGACAUGUGGGGUCUUGGCUGUGCUCUCACUUUCUUGCACAUUGGCAAUCACCUUUUUGCAACCAAUUGCGAGUACCAGAUGAUGAGAACCAUCAUACAAAUACGGGGGCAGCCAGCCGACUCGCUCCUCUUAGCAGGCAAAUACAGCCAGAAGUAUUUCACCCACUUAAACUUUGAACAGUGGAAACUAAAGACUCCAAAUGAAUAUAAGCUUACGAAUGGGGAAGAGACGAAAACAUGGAAGAUACGACUAAAAUCUCUAGAUGCCUUGAGAACUAGCCAAGAGGAUGCAAAAGAGGUGCUCAGCGAAUUUGAAGAUCAGAAUGAAUUUGUUAGCUUUCUAAAAAGUCUUCUAAACAUUCAAGCUGAGAGAAGAAUUGCUCCGACGGAGGCACUCAAACAUCGCUAUGUCUCUAUGGCUCAUCUGGUUCAUGAGAGUCACACCAGCUCAUAUGUGGACAACGCUUUUGAUCAGAUGCUGGUGUGCCCGAUUGAAGGAUUUGAAGAGGAGCUCAUCUCAGACAGCGAGGAUGACGACAGGCCUUCCUACAACCUCAUUAUGCACUCAUCGUGCUCCUCUAAUGGAACAGCAGACACGGGGCGUUGGCGCAGUAGUGACUCUUCUAACAAAACAUCAGGAGAUGAUGGACAAACUCAAGAGACAGCACUGGAGUCAAUACAGGCUGAUAGACAAAGCGACCAGAAUGUACAACAGAAGCACAACGUUGAGAACAUCCCGGUUUUUGUGUGCAGUGGUUGUGGAACCUUGUUUAGGAAGUAG